CGGUUCCCCUCAGACAUGAAGCAACACCAGAACCAGAACCAGAACCGGGCCGUAAAUCAGCCUGUCGUUGAGGUCGAUGGCCUGGAGGAGGGGGGCGGAACCGCGGGUCACAUGACCACCACCCACUUCCUGUUCAGCACAAUAAGAGACCAGAACCAGCAGACCCAGUCAGGACAGAGCCAGAACCCGGACCCGUCCCUCGGCUCGGAGCAGCUGCUGCCGGAUCGGACCAGGAUGUGGACGUGUUUGAUCCUCCUCAGCCUGCUGGAUCAGAACCAGGCUGCUCCUCUUCCUGGGAAAAAUGGAGACCUGGUUCUGAUGGUUCUGCAGCAGCAAGUGGCCCAAACUGCGGUCACCGCCGCCCCGUCGGACCCGCCACAGAGGACAUCGUCCUCCUCUUCAUCCUCCUCCUCUUCAUCCUCAGACUCCUCAGAGUCCAGCCAGAGGUCCAUGACGUUUCAACUGCUGAAGGAAAGACAGGAGGAGGAGGACACGGCGGUGGAGCAGAUGGACUCUGAGGAGAGCUCAGAGCUGCUGCUGCCUCCCAGUAUCACCAGCACCACCAGUCUGACAGAUGGAGGACGAGAUCAGGUGUUGCUCCAGACCUCGCUCCACCUCCUGAACAGCCAGGAAGUGGGCGGGGACGUCAUAGAAAGGGGCGUGUCCUUGGACAGUGUGGGCGGAGCUACGCUGCGAUCAGCAGGUGGAGACGCCAGCGAAGCCGAGGAAGAGGAGAAGAAUGACCUUCAUCCUCUGACAGACGACAGCCUGGAGGGUUCAGAUGGAACGACCUUUCACCUUCCUGGUUUCCAUGGUGAUGAGACGGGGCUAGAGCUGGCGCUGUAGCAGAGACCACGCCCCCUGCUGUUCACCUUUAUAGUAACCAUGUAGCUGAUUGAGCUGCUAUUACUGAAGCUCAUUAGAUGAUCAAUAAUCAAUAAUCUGAUGAUUUAAUAAAAAUAUUUACAUCCA